UUUGUCUAUGGUGUACAUGGUGGUGUGAUGUGAACUGUGCAUAGAUAUUUUGCGAAUAAUAAAAUAUUGGCGAAUAAUUAGUUCAAUAUUAUAGUGUAAUGUCGUGACAGUGUUAUAAAAAUGCAGUUCUACAAAGAAAGAAUACUCAAUGCUGCGCAGUUGAAAAGACUAAGUGAACACAAAUACUCUUGCACCAGUGCCAGCGUUCUUGACGCAUGGCUCCAGCCGUGGUGGUGUUGGCUGGUAUCAAAGACGCCUUUAUGGCUAGCUCCGAAUCUCAUCACAAUUUUAGGUCUAAUUGUAAAUAUAGUAACCACGCUUAUAUUAGUAUGGUACAGUCCUGAUGCCAGACAAGACCCACCAAGAUGGGCAUGUGCUCUGUGCGCCUUAGGUGUCUUUGUUUAUCAGAGCCUGGAUGCCAUUGAUGGUAAACAAGCAAGACGGACAGGCAGUCAAUCUCCUUUGGGAGAAUUGUUUGAUCAUGGAUGUGACAGCAUAUCCACUGUGUUCAUAGCUUUGGGUGCUUGUAUUGCUGUCAAGCUCGGAGAGUAUCCAACCUGGAUGUUCUUUCAGUGUUUCUGUGCGAUGACUCUGUUCUACUGCGCACACUGGCAAGCCUACGUAACGGGGACGUUGAAGAUGGGUCGGAUAGACGUGACCGAGGCUCAGUUCUCGAUUAUCGGCAUACAUCUGAUAUCCGCUGUCCUCGGACCCGACUUUUGGUCCACUCAGGUCGGUGGUGGACUCGAAAUCCGCUACUCGGUGGCUCUGGCCGCUAUCGUUGGAGCCUUCCUCACCAUAGGGACGCUGGCUGCCGCUAUCGUCAGCGGCGGCGUCGGGAAAAACGGCUCCACCGUCGCUUUGCCGACGAUUAAGAUCAGUGUCAAUCUGAUAUCGAACUAUGUUGUCGUACUGUUCACGCUGUAUCUCGUGGCUGCGUACAUAAACGUUAUAGUCAAAGGUGGAGUCGGGAAAAACGGGUCGACCGUCGCAGGCACGAGCAUCCUGUCUCCGGUGAUACCGUUCUCGCUGGUCGUGGUGCCAGCGUUUAUCAUCUUCCAGAAGAGCGAGUCGCACGUGUACGAGAACCACCCGGCGCUCUACAUCUUAGCGUUCGGCAUGGUCACGGCGAAGGUCACGAACAAACUGGUGGUGGCUCACAUGACUAAAAGCGAGAUGGAAUACUACGACUGGUCGCUGCUGGGUCCGGCGAUGCUGUUUCUUAACCAGUACUUCAACAACGCGCUGCCGGAGUACUGGGUGCUCUGGCUCUGCACGGUGUGGGUGUGCGGGGAGCUGGUGCGCUACUGCGGACAGGUCUGCCGCGAGAUCUGCGACCACCUCGACAUCCAGCUGUUCCGCAUCCCGCGCGCCGCGCCCGCCCCCGCCUCCGCCUCCGCGCCCGCGCACAGCAAGGCCGCGCCCGACAGAAACGCGCCCUGUGAACCGGAUAGAUCGGACGCGGAGGACACAGAGCCGCUGUUAAAUAAUAAUAGUAUUAGUUAAUUAAUGUUUGUGACUUAUUAAAGCUGUAUAAAAUGUU